AGGCUUUCUAGCAGUAUAUAUUUGGCAGCAAGGGACAAAGGGGUAGAGGGACGGCCACCAACUCCCACUUACAACCCAACAAUUGAAAGGAAUGUGGGGAAUGGAGCUCACUCUUCAUUUCUUGUCACUAAAAUCUUUUCUCCUCUGGUUGUGAUUAUUAAUAGUAACAAUAGAAACUGAUUUUUCAUAGUAUUCUCACAGCCACCAUUUUUCCCUCCUUGCUGCUGUUUUGCCACCUUUUGUAGGGCAUCUACUUUUGUUCACUUUGACAUUAUUAGUCGGAGACUUUCUUCCUUCAAUUCAACAAAAGGAAAAGCCUACACAAUCUGUGUUUGAUAGCUUUUUACUUCUUUUAACACCAAAAGUCCCACAUUGCCUAAAAGCCAUAGUUACAGAAGCAGAUUUUGAGGGCGUGAGGAUGGGAGCUUUUCUUUAAGAAAGGAGAGACCUUGGAGUCAAAAGGGCGCCUUUGCUUAGCCAUUUUUCACUUGUGCACCUGACCAUCUGUUGUGUUCAGACUUGAGAUUAGCAUUAAAAGGGUGACAAAAAUGCUAGAAGACAAUUGGGGGUUUUGACUGGAGCAGACGUUUUCCGGGGCCCUUUCUGGGCAUUCUUGCUUUUUAUGUUGUAAAAAUCAUAUCUUGGUGCGUAUUUUUUCAGAACUGACCUUGUUAGUGAGAUGGGUUUAGAAGGGUUUAGCAGCAGUAAAUGGCCGGGGCUGGGUAGACACAAGCGUUCAAAGAGCUUUCCAGAUACCAGAAGAUCUGAGGAAAAUAACUUGAUUCAAUCUACUGAAGCAGCUCAUCAACAGAAGUUGGCUAUGGGUCACUUAAAUGUUUGUACCAACAGCAAGAAAAAGCAAUCAUCAAAUGCUGAAAUCCAACAUUCUUUGAGGCAAGAGAUAUUGCUGCUUGAAAAGAGACUACAGGACCAAGUUUCUGUUCGCUGUGCUCUAGAGAAGGCACUUGGUUAUGGGGCUUCCUCCCAUGAUAUCACAAAUGAAGCCACAAUUCCUAAGCCCGCAACAGAACUCAUUAAAGAAAUUGCGGUAUUGGAGCUAGAAGUUGGGCAUUUGGAACAGUAUCUACUUUCACUCUACAGGAAGGCAUUUGAUCAACAAAUCUGUUCUUUAUCUCCUUCGAAGAAGGAUGAAAUACUUAAAUGUCCCUUAGCAACACCAAGGAGAAGGCGGCUCGAUUUUUCAAGAUCAGAUAUUACAUCAGCAAGGGAAUCGGCACCUGAAGCUGAAACUCAGACACUGUCAAAUUCAAGGAAGGAAGCUAAUGGUCCAUCUGAAGAGAAGCUUGUAGACUCUGGUGUUCAGAGGUCUCAGUCUUCGCUUUCUCAACGUUCUGCUUUGGCUAACAGGACCUCUCCUCCAGAGGAGGCCUUGGGCAAGGCUGUGCGUGCAUGUCAUUCUCAACCGUUGUCCAUGAUGGAGUACGCACAGAACUCUUCUUCAAAUGUGAUCAGUCUGGCAGAGCAUCUUGGGACCUGUAUUUCGGAUCAUAUUCCCGAAACACCAAACAAGCUUUCCGAAGAUAUGGUGAAGUGCAUGAGCAAUAUCUACUGCAAGCUUGCUGAUCCGCCAUUGGCACAUGUUGGCCUCUCGUCUCCGACGUCAUCUUUGUCAUCUAUAAGCGCAUUUUCUCCAAAAGAUCAAUGUGACCUGUGGAGUCCAGGAUUCAGACACGAUUCUUCUUUUGAUGUUCGGUUGGAUAAUCCUUUUCAUGUUGAAGGACUGAAAGAUUUCAGUGGGCCUUACAGCACAAUGAUUGAAGUAUCUAGCAUAUACAGAGAUAGUCAGAAGUUGGGUGAUAUUGAAUGCUUGUUACAAACUUUCAGGUCCCUUAUUUCUCGAUUGGAAGAGAUAGACCCGAGAAAGAUGACACAUGAAGAGAAGUUAGCCUUCUGGAUCAAUGUGCACAAUGCUUUAGUCAUGCAUGCAUUUUUGGCAUAUGGUAUCCCACAGAACAAUAUGAAGCGAAUGUUUCUACUACUUAAGGCUGCCUACAAUGUUGGAGGUCAAAUAAUAAGUGCAGAUGUCAUACAGACUUCAAUCUUGGGAUGCCGAAUGUCUCGUCCAGCACAGUGGCUUAGAUUGCUACUUUCUUCAAAAACAAAAUUUAAAGCUGGUGAUGAUCGACAAGCAUAUGGGAUUGGACGUCCGGAGCCCCUUCUGCACUUUGCACUUUCAGCUGGGAGCCAUUCUGAUCCCGCGGUCCGCAUUUACACGCCUAAAAGGGUUUUUCAAGAGCUAGAAGCAGCAAAAGAGGAUUACAUUCGAGCAACCUUUGGUGUUCGUAAGGAUCAUAAAAUCCUUCUACCAAAGACAGUCGAUUCCUUCGCCAAGGAUUCAGGUCUAUGUCAUGCUGGCAUAAUGGAGAUGAUCCAACAAUCUCUGCCCGACUCUCACAAGAAAAGCAUCAAGAAAUGCCAGCAGGUGAAGAAUCGCAAAAACAUCGAAUGGGUUCCCCACAAUUUUUCUUUCAGAUAUCUUAUACUGAAAGAGCUGGUGAAGUAAAUACGGCCUUGGUUCACAGCAAGCAACUAACCUCAUUUUCCUUACUUCUUUCUCAAACAAUUUUUCUUUAUUACAUUCGAUUCGUCGAUGAAGAGGUUGAGACUUACCCUCUAGUUGUAAAGCAAUAGAAUUGGAGCUUCAAGACAUAGCUUACUGUGGUUUGGGGGUGUGAUUUUGUAAUCUAUCAAGAAACAAACGACUUUGCAUCUCAGGGCUCUCUGUAUAUAUAUCUGGUCUACAUUUUUAAUCUGUCAAA